ACUUUCCACCGCCGCCGAAAAUCAACAAACCCCGACGACCACAACACCUUCUCGCCUCGAUGCGGCUGUUGCUCGCAUAGUAUACUCGAAAAUGUCGACAAUCGCAAAGGGCAGGCCGUCGCGCCGUUCUGCUCCCCGAAGAAGCUACGUUGUCGAAUCGACGCCUGAUUCAGAAGACUCCGGCAAUGUCACCCCGACCCCCUCCAACCACGGCGGGGAAGACGACGAUGAAGAGGAGGAAGAAGAGGAGUACACACCGGUCCCCAAAAGAACUUCGAUGAGCAGACAGUCCAUGCCCAGACAAUCCAUGACCAGACAGUCUCGACGACAAUCCACGGCUUCGGCCGCCUCCUCGGCCUCCACAACUUCGAGGGCCUCUUCAAGGGCCUCUACGGCCUCGAGACCAGUGUCGAGAGCAUCGAGGGCAUCCAGAGCCCCCACCGCCGAACCAGCUACCCCGAGUACUGCGCGCCCCGCACGAAAAUCGCGGCGAUCGAUGUCAGGCGAGCCUGUACAAACGUCCCAGGCCAGCGAUUCGAACGAAGAUGGCGAUUCCGUCGCUAGUAUGGGAGGAGAACCCCAGUCACCUUCACAAGUAGCGGCAGCAUCUUUAAAGAGAAAGAAGACAUCAGCAUCGCCGCAAUCGCAAUCGCAAGUGCAAGCGCCGUCACGACGAAGCAGUGUUGCACCGCUCGCCGAUAUCACCGACUCCACCGUGAACCAGACGCCGAAGCCCGCAGAGGAGCAAAAGUCGCAGAUCUCCAUUAUCAAUCCGAACACGACGGUCCUCGAGAAGCCCAUGGACAUUAUGAUAAAGUCCCGCAACGUUGCGCCGCCAGAGCCCCAGGAACCCGAAGGGCCGAAGACCCGCUUGAUGAUGACGACUUUGGUUCUAACAAACUUCAAGAGUUAUGCAGGACAGCAGAUUGUCGGACCAUUCCACGCAUCGUUCUCUUCCGUCGUCGGACCAAACGGAUCCGGAAAAUCGAACGUCAUCGACGCCCUCCUUUUCGUGUUUGGUUUCCGGGCCAGCAAGAUGAGACAGGGCAAGAUUUCGGCCCUUAUCCAUAACUCCGUAGACUACCCCGACCUGCCGUACUGUGAAGUCGAAGUCCAUUUCCAGGAGGUUGUGGACCUGCCGACCGGACAACAUGAAAUAGUCCCAGAUUCCCAACUGAUCAUUUCACGCAAAGCGUUUAAGAACAACACCAGCAAAUACUACAUGAACGGCAAAGAAAGCAGCUUUAACACAGUCGGGGCAUUCCUGCGCGACCGCGGAGUCGACCUCGACCACAAACGAUUCCUCAUCUUGCAAGGUGAGGUCGAAUCCAUUUCGCAGAUGAAAUCCAAAGCGGCCAACGAGCACGAGGAUGGACUUUUGGAAUACCUCGAAGACAUUAUCGGCACGUCAAAAUACAAGACCCCCAUUGACGAAGCCGCCAACGAACUCGAAUCGUUGAACGAUGUCUGUGUCGAGAAGAACAACCGUGUCCAACAUGUGGAGAAGGAGAAGGCAGGCCUCGAGGACAAGAAGAACAAUGCGCUUUCUUAUAUCCGCGACGAGAACGAUAUGGCAGAGAAACAGUCGGCCUUGUACCAGAUUUACAUCAACGAAUGCCUUGACAACAUCCGUGUCACAGAAGAAGCGAUCUUGCAAAUGCAGGAACUCCUGAAUCUCGAGCUCGAGAAACACGAAGGCAACCAGUCUGGCAUUAAGGAUAUCGAAAAAGCCUACAAACGUGGGUUGAAGGAAUACGAGAGCAUGGAGAAAGAAGUCCAGAGCUUGACGAAAGAAAUGGCCAAGUAUGAUAAGGAAUCGGUCAAAUUCGAUGAGAAGAAGAAGUUCCUUGUCGGAAAGCAGAAAAAGCUCGAAAAGUCCAUGCACUCUACGCGCCUGGCGGCAUCCGAAUGCCAGAGUUUGGUCGAGAAGCACACUGACGAUAUUGAGAAGAAGACGGCGGAAACCAACGAGCUCGAGAAGGAGAUGAAGGCCGAAGAAGAGGAGCUGUCGACAAUUCGUGACGGACUGAAGGGCAAGACACAAGGCCUGUCCGAUAAGAUUACUGCCAAGCAACGAUCCUUAGAGCCAUGGGACGAGAAAAUCAACCAGAAACAGUCCGCGGUUGCUGUUGCGCAAAGUGAACUCGACAUCCUCCGUGAGAGAAGCAACGCUGGUACCGUCCUGUUGGAAGAAGCGCAGUCGAAGGUCUCGUCGAUUGAGGAAACGCUUGCCGCCAAACAAGACGACCUGGAAGAGCACAAGUCCCAGAGAGCUACGCUGGAGGAGGAAGUGGCCAAGCUCAAGAGUGACCUCAAGAAGUACUCUCAGCGGGAGCCGGAGGUUCGCACCCACGUUUCUAGUGCACGUCAAAAGGCGGACGAGGCGAGGGCCAGUCUGCAAAGCACCCAGAACCGUGGCAGCGUGUUGACCGGUCUUAUGCGUCUCAAGGAGUCUGGACGUAUUGAUGGAUUCCAUGGAAGAUUAGGAAACCUUGGUACGAUCGACGAGAAAUACGAUGUCGCCAUUUCGACCGCGUGCCCAGCGCUGGAGAACAUGGUUGUGGAGUCCGUUGAAGUUGGUCAGCAAUGUAUCGACUAUCUCAGGAAGAACAACCUUGGUCGUGCCAACUUCAUCCUUCUCGACCGUUUGCCCCGCAGGGACAUGUCGAGUAUCUACACCCCCGAAAGUGUCCCACGUCUUUUCGACCUCGUCAAGCCCAAGGACCCGAAGUUUGCACCAGCUUUCUACAGUGUCAUGCAAAACACACUGGUUGCCAAGGACCUUGAGCACGCAAACCGCAUCGCUUAUGGUGCUCGUCGCUGGCGUGUCGUGACACUGGACGGUCAACUCAUCGACGUUUCCGGUACCAUGAGUGGUGGUGGAACACGCGUUGCCCGCGGUGGAAUGUCUUCGAAGCAGGUCGCCGAUACGAGCAGGGAACAAGUCACCAAACUGGAAGAAAACCUCGAGGAGACGGAAAGGAAAUUCCUCGUCUUCCAGGAGAAGCAACGGAAUAUCGAGGCUAUGAUGCGCGAGAAGACCGAAGAGAUCCCUCGAGUCGAUACCAAGAUCCAGAAGAUCACGCUCGAAAUCGAAAGUGCCAGUCGUGCUCUUACUGAUGCCCAGCGCAGAGUCAAGGAAUUGGGCGUAGAACACAAGCCUUCCAAGGGCGACGCUGGCCAGGCGGCCGCUCUCGAGAAGCAAAUUGCUUCCCUUGAGGGGGAAAUUGAAGGACUCCGUGAACAGAGAGGCGGGAUUGAGGAGGAAAUCCAAACCCUGCAAGACAAGAUCAUGGAAGUUGGUGGUGUCCGAUUGCGAAGCCAGAAGGCCAAGGUCGACGGUCUGAAGGAGCAGAUCGAAGCAGAUUGCCAAGCACCAGAAAUCUCGUGCUGAUGCUGAGAAGGAACUUGAGCAGGUCUCUGAGGGUCUGGAGAAGUUAGAGGCGGAUGUGGAGAAUCAGUCCAACGAUGCAUCUGGCUGGAGGCAAAGGGUUGAGGAUGCUCAAGAGGCUCUCGAGACGAAGAAGGGUGAACUCAAGUCUAUGAAGGAUGAGCUGGAUGAUAAGGUUGCGGAGUUGAACGAGAGCCGGGCUUCUGAGAUUGAAAUGCGCAACAAACUCG